UCGUUAUUUGUAUUCAGCGGUUUAAUUCGGAAUACCUUAAAGUUCUCCGUUAUUGCUUUUACAUGUCCGAAAUAACGAUUCUCGCCAGGACGAAGCUUUGGCAACUUUUUAGAAAAAUUAGCCCUCUUCUGGUUCUUACAAAACAAGGAUCAGAAUAGCUUCUUUAUGAUUUGAAAGGGUGGAAAGUGACAAUGACAUGGCUACUUCGAGGGGUAUCUUAUUGUAGACAGAUCGCUGGCAGAAUCACAAUAUCAAGUCUAUCAAAUAAACAGGUUGAUUCUACUGGAUUGCUGAAUACCAAUUAUGCCUCAGUUCUCAGUGUGAGAUGUAAGACUGAGUUUCCACCAAACAAGUUCCCAGUUGCUUCACCAUAUAAGACACCAGGCCCUAGUCGUCAUGGAUACAAUCAAACACUAUUUGAUGGAGGUUACCUGCCACGAGGUUUAAAGGAGAAGUUUGAGAACCUCCCUAAAUACAAGCAUAAAAAUGUUUGGAACAGGAAAAGGGCAACUUUUGGGCAGAAUGAUUACAUUGACAUUCUUGGAGAUUCAAACUUGCGUCCUGUUGACUUGAUCAAAGCACCUGCAUGGCUUAGAGGGUUUAAUGGUAAUGAAAUGCAGAGAGUUGUCCGCAGAUUGAAUGCGGAAGGUCACGUAAUUAGACAACUGUACCCCUCCCAUUAUCACAAUCACUGGAAGAGGGUUAAGUUUCUGUAUAAGAAAUAUAACAAGAAACGUGGGAAGAAAAUAUGAAACUAGCAUGAAAAUUGCAUUUAAUUGUAUAAUAAAUUGUGAAUAAAGAAUUUAAAAUAUGA